ACUAUGAGGUAAUCGUGGUAAACAUAAAACAUGGCGUCGCCUGGAGCUGGAGAACGACGUCGUCCAGUGUCAAGCGAAAUUAUUAUCGAGAGAGACAAGAAAAAAUUAACAGAUUUACCUGCUGAAUUGUUAGAAUAUAUUUUGUGCUUCCCUGUCCUCAACUACGUCGACAUUUUGAGCGUGGCUUGUACCUGCAAGCGACUACAUGAUGUGUGCUAUGGCAGGGGGAAGGUCUGGAGGCAUCAAUUCAAACUGAGAUGGCCAAGGCUGCAGAGGAAUUAUCGUAAUAAUGAAUCUCAUGACUGGCUGAAAGAAUACAGGACCAGAUAUAUCGUUGGUCUACAAAUACGGAGAACAGUUGUGUCUAUAUCGAAGCGAUUCUUCACAGAAGUUCCCUGCGUUGGUCAGGUCCUUGGGGACAGUUUUGCGGAGAUUGAGUCCUUAGGUGCCCCAGAGCACUUCUGUGAAGAUGAGCUGCUCUCAAUACUUAACACUGAUAAAAGGAAGAGCCUGACCUUGAAGUACUAUGCAAAGAAAAUCCUGUACUUCCUCCGACAGCAAAAUAUUCUCAGGAGCCUCAAAGUGUUUUUGGAGCAGCCAGCAGAACAGCAAUCAGCUCUUGAAGGUGCGGUGUUGGUGGACCAGUAUUGCAACCCUUUGGCAGAUAUCACACUUGAAAACAUUUCGGCCCAGUUGGAAGAGCUCGCUGACAAAGUCAGGAAGUGCCUGCGAGUCUCCAAUCCCUCCCAUCCCAGCCAGAGAGCCGCAGCAGGUGACUGUUUGGUGGUGGAGGACUUUGAGCUCCAGAGGCAGGUUAUAUGUGCGCUCAACACUGUUCUGUAUGAGCAACUGCAUUACACUGGCAAUGAGUGCGACUUCUACAACCCACUGAAUUCAUACAUCCACCAGGUGUUAAUUCGCCGGACUGGUAUUCCCAUUAGCUUGUCAGUUCUGUACAUGACUCUGGCACGCAAGCUGGGUGUUCUACUGGAGCCUGUCAACUUCCCAAACCACUUUCUCUUGCGAUGGUGUGAAAAGCAACGAAGAUACCCUAUUUACAGGAGCGGGAGUAUCUAUGAUUAUAUCUACAUUGACACUUUUGGGAAGGGCAAACAGUUGACUGCAAAAGAGUGCGAGUACCUGAUUGGACACCAGGUGACAGCUGAUUACUACAGUGCCAUAAGUACCUCCAAAGUAUUACUGAGGAUGGUGGGGAACCUGCUAAAUAUCGGGAAGCGAGGAGAGGGAAAUGAGAAAUCUUACCAGCUCCUUAGAGACUCUUUGGACCUUUACCUCACCAUCAACCCAGACAAUGUCCAGUAUUUACUACUACAAGCCCGGCUGUAUUUCCAUCUUGGCAUCUGGCCAGAAAAGGUGUUAGACAUCCUCCAGCACAUCCAGGCCCUGGACCCGUCCCAGCAUGGCGCAGUGGGCUACUUGGUGCAGCACACACUGGAGCACAUCCAGCACAAGAAGCACCCGGUGCUGCCAGAGGCCAAGCUGCGCAGCGCCACGGAACACCGAGACGUGCAGUACUCCGUGGGCCUCAUCAUGAAACACAAACGUUCGGGAUACAACUGCGUUAUCUACGGCUGGGACCCUCGCUGCACCAUGAGCCAGGAGUGGAUCACUACUAUGAGGGUUCAUCAGCUGUCCAAUGGGGCCAACCAACCCUUCUACAACGUCCUGGUGCAGGACGGCACGUGUCGCUACGCCGCACAAGAAAACCUGGAGCCUCACUCUGCCCCUCUAGAAAUCGCACAUCCUGAGGUGGGGCGGUACUUCUCGGAGUUCUCCGACACCCACUACGUUGCCAACGAGGAGCUGCAGGCCCGCUAUCCUGAGGACAUGGCAGAGACUCUGGGGACUGUUGGGGAGCUCUACCACAGACUGAGCCCCACUUUGGAGAAUGAGGCCCUACUGCCCUCGGUCCGGCACAAUGCCGAUGCCACGGCCCCGUGAUUUUGCACUUUUCCAGCCUCGUCACCUUUAGGACGGUUCACUCACCACCAGGCUCAAAAGCUCCAGAGAAAUUUCAGUCCGAGCCCACACUGACUUCACUGACCCAUCACCUAAUCCAGUAAACCAGUCAUUCCCUGCACCCCCUCACCAUACCAAGAAGUGUUAUGAAAGCCAUUGCUCUCUCUCUCUCUGACCAUAAUGUUCUUUUCACGCAGUGAUGAUGGAGAAAAAAAGACUUGCCCUUUCAAGAAAAGGAUUUUUUUUGUGAUAUAUAUUUACAUGAAAAAAGUACAGGAUUUAAGGGCUCAGGAAAGCAGUUUUACCUGGUCACUGUUGAGAUGAUUCUACAUGAUGUUCAAAUAAACAAGCACUUGGUUUGGAAGAAAA